AUGGAUCCCGGGAGCUUAGCGCAGUACGUGGAAACGGUGAGAAAUGAAGUUGAAGCUAUAGACAAUCUGAUCCAACAAGGGAAGUUGCAAAAAAUCGAAAUCGAAAGAGAACAGCUUGAGCUGAACACACAAGCUGCCAAACUUGGGCCCGGUUCGCUUGAUACUUACAUUACUGGGCUGAAGGGACGGGUGAAACCAAGAUUGGCAAAUCUUGUUACAGACCUGUGCUCAGCGUUAGACAGGUUGUGCUAUCUUAUUUACUGCCACUGCAACAACGGCAGUCAUUCCACAGAAGCAGAAAAUAUCAAAUUUCCUUCAAAAGUCACGAGGAGAUCUGACAGUCAACUAAAAAAUGAGUUUGCAGAUGAACACUUCAAUAUUAUCUUCACUGCGAACACCGAUGAACAAGUAUACGAUCGCUUUGAAGCAAUUAUCUGGGACUGCUUACGGGAGAUGGGUGCUGGUGGACAGGGGGCUUGGAUUCCAGACACACUCCAUUUUCUGCGCAUUCAUUGGAAGUCGGUUCAUAUUACGGUGGAAUGGAAUCGCCUUCAAAAGAAUUGGGGCAUUACAGUUCGUUCUGAUGAAUACCAUAGAGCACCAGAAUGGCUUAUCAAAGUCACAUCAAGCCUUCCUGCGUUUGUGAGAAACAUCAGAAACAGCCUUUUGGAAAAAAGUUUUCCCAAAGACUACAACAUUCCUACAUUUGCAUGA